AUAGACAUUAGUAAAGUUUUGAACAUGUUUCGUUUUGUAGCCUUGUUCGCUGUGGUCAGCUUGGCCUAUGGCGCCACCCUGCCCGAUGAUUUGGAUGGACGCAUUGUGAAUGGUGUGGACACCACCAUUAGCGAGCAUCCCUAUCAGGUAUCCAUACAAACUUUGAGUGGUGGACACUUCUGCGGUGGCAGUAUUAUCAAUGAGGACACCAUUGUAACGGCUGCACAUUGCUUGCAAUCGUAUACUGCUAAACAGAUGCAAGUGCGUUUGGGCUCAACCAAUUACAAACUUGGCGGUGAACUUGUUGCUGUACGUGCAUUUGCUUUCCACCCAGGCUACAAUAGCAAGACAAUGGUGAACGAUGUGGGUUUGUUGAAAUUGGCCACACCAGUAGCGGAGUCUGCGAAUAUACGUUACAUUAAGUUGGCACAAAGCACACCGGCCACCGGUACACCAGCUGCUGUUACCGGUUGGGGUACUAAAUGUUAUCUGACCUGCCUGACUUUGCCAACAACCUUGCAAUUAGUUGAAGUUGAUAUUGUUGAUGUAGCAGAUUGUGCCUCCAGUACCUACAAGUAUGGUUCGGAGGUUAAGGACACAAUGGUUUGUGCGUAUGCUGUGUCAAAGGAUGCCUGUCAAGGUGAUUCUGGUGGUCCAUUAGUGGCUGAGAACCAAUUGGUUGGUGUUGUGUCCUGGGGUAGAGGUUGCGCUAGAGAGGGUUACCCAGGCGUGUACUCUGAUGUGGCAUCACUGUACUCAUGGAUCGUGGAUGCCGAGGCCACACUUUAAGGCUUUUGUUCAAUUAAUGCAGUAAAUAUUGAUACAAAUAAUAAAAAAGAUUUUUAGCGAAAAAAUA